CCACUACACAUCAGUAUCAACAUGUCUGACCCUUCAAACAACCGAACCGCGAUCCUCUCCGCAUCCGCCCCUCAACCCCCUCCGUUCCUCUCCCAAGCUAUCCGCCAAGGCGACUUCAUCUUCUGCUCAGGUCAGAUCGGCGUGGAUCCAAAGACAAGCAGCAUUGUAGAAGGGAGUGUAGGAGAUAGAACGGCACAAAUCCUCCGAAACCUCUCCGCAGUCCUAGAAGAAGCCGGCUCGAGUCUCGCAUUCGUGAACAAAGCAAACAUCUAUCUCGUCAACACAGAGGACUUUGCGCCAGUGAAUGAGGUGUAUGUUUCGUUUUUUGGGGAGGUGAAGCCGGCUCGUACGUGUGUGUUUGUCAAGGCUUUGCCGCUGGGGACGGAUGUGGAGAUUGAGGUCGUGGCUGGGGUUGAUCCUGCGAGGGCGAAGCUUUGAAUGGGUGGUUUAGAGAAAGAGGGGUAGAGGGGUAGAAGUGAUUUGAUUAUGUUAUUCUGUCUCGUCCUUGUGGUAUGCCAAGUAUGGUGAUUGCCAUUGGUAUGCCGACCGUUCGAUCUGACGAGAUGU